AUGGCACUACGCGCCGGGAGGACUUGGUUUGGGCAGGUUUUGCGCAGAGUGUCUCGGCUGCAGGGCUCGUGGUCCCGGCGAUCGAGCAGUAUCCUGUGUCUCUCUGCGAACCCGGAGCAGCAUCUGGGGACCUGUUACAGGGAUCACACACAUAGCAGUCUCCACUACUGCUCCUCCAUCCAGCGCACCCACCGUCACCAACACGCGCCAGUCUGUCCCUCCUCUUCCAGCCGCUGCCAACGCUUUCCCGAUUGCUGCGCAGCCUUCCCGGGGGAUACGAGGGGACAUGAGCCCCUCACUCGCCGGUUCCUGGUGGUCAUGAAGCGGCAGAACGUGCGGACCUUGUCCCUGAUCAUCUGCACGUUCACGUACCUGCUGGUCGGGGCCGCGGUGUUCGAUGCCCUGGAGUCAGAUUUCGAAAUGCGGGAGAAAGAACAGCUGGAGGCAGAGGAGAAGCGUCUCCAAGGGAAAUAUAACAUUAGCGAGGAUGACUACCGCAAACUGGAGACCAUCAUUAUGGAGGCCGAGCCCCACAGGGCUGGGGUUCAGUGGAAAUUUGCGGGAUCUUUUUACUUUGCUAUCACAGUCAUCACCACCAUAGGUGAGUCUGCAGUCUACAUUCCAUGGAGGUUUAAUUGCGUAAUAGCAUUACGCACAACCACUGUGUCAAGAUAAUGUAAUUUAUGCGGUGAUAUAAAGUCUAUAGCCUAAUCACAGUCAGGGCCGUGGAUGUUGGGUGGUGAAUAGGCUACAUUUUAAAUAGUUACAUAACUUAUAACCACUAUAUAGCACAAGGAAUUAAAGUCAACACAGCAUUGUGCAGACAAGUGUUUCACUAAACCUAGUCCAGCAACAUGUAGUCUAUACCCACUUCCCGGUAUUAACCCUUAAAACCUGUUCAUUAUGCAACAUAAAUUGUUUUAGAAAAUGUCGUUUUAGCUAAAUAACUCUGGUAUGUUAACAGGCGAAACAAAAUGAUGAUGCAAUAACAGUAAAAUGCCACCUGUGCACAAUGUUUCUGCACAUCAACUUUAUAGAUAAUAAAAACAGCAUUACUACCAUCAGUAGCAACAAAAUAAUGUGUCUGUCUAUCUAGAUAAACGGACAAUUUCCAUUAUACAUUUCAGCUGCUAAUCAAUUUAAUGAGUAAAGAUAAGUAGCCUACACAUAAAAAAAGCAGUCCUAUAGGUUACUGUAUGCAACCAUUCCCUCGAGCACCACAUUGCACCAUCAAAUUAGGAGUAGCCUACCACGCCACUGAGAUAGGCUUGAACACAUUUUUGGAAAUCAAAUAAUGAUAGCCCUACAUGUAUAAUCAUUUCAACUGCACGACUGUUGCUGCAUCUGCAUUGGUUACCCCUGUAGAAAACAGGUUUGAAUCCUUUACAUUUCCGUCAUGAUUUAAUGACAGAUCGUGCAAGUGGUAGGUUACAAAAUGUUGUGAUUGAUAACGCUUCAACACAAAAAAACUGAGGCAUCAAUAUGUUUACAUUCACACGAAUAAUUCGAUACUAAACUGAUUAUGGCAGAAGGCCGAGUAUGGCAUUAGUCAUGUAAACACUUUACUCUGCUUAUCUUAAUUGGUGUACGGUCAUAAUCGAAGUAAGAAUACACCAAUUAAAACACCUGGUUUUCUGAGCAAUCUAUCCAAUUAUUAGGACAUGUAUACAGUUUAAUCGGCAUUCCAGCUGUGUAUUUGAUCUGCACAUGUGCCAGCACCAGGUAGCCAAGUUUCCCUCUUAUGUGCAAGUGAAUAGUUUCACAUACAAACUUUAUGUGUCCGAAUUUAGAAUCAAAUAGUCUUCACAAAAAUAAUUGUCACUGUGGUAGAGCGUUUCUUUUGAUUGGCGAUUGUCUGCAUUUCCCAUCAGCCUGAUUUCAGAUGUAACAGGAUGUAAACAGGAUUAUUACGGAAAUCGUUCUUCUUGCAAAGCAUGUAUUAAACGAACUAUUAUAUUAACCUGACUAUCCACAAUAAUCCCAUUAUUGUGUGCAUGUAACUGUAUCUGAAGUUCAUUCUGUCAGCUGUUGCUGCAGCUUGAACAUGAGCUGAGCUGAGCUGCACGUGGUGCUGAAAGGACAGGUCCUCGAGUUCCUGCGAGCUGCGCUGCCUACAGUCACGUCAUGGGGGAGGAUCUGCAGGCCAUGCACGAGCAGCCCGAAUAAAAAGUCCAUUACCUUUUCUCUGCGAAACGAUCAGGUCCUUUUCCUCAAACGAAUCUUAGCCUGAGGUCACUAUAUCCAAUUUGAUAGAAGAAAACAGAUAUUUAUGCUGUAGGAUAUACAUGUAGAAAGGCCUACAACUUUAGCACACAUUCAGAGUAGUCUGGUUCCUUUUAUGUCCAGAUUUGCAUGGCCUAUAUUUCGUUUAGGGCCUACAAUGAACAUGCUAGUUAAUUGAUUGAAGUGGAAUUGCGAACUUUAAAGUGAAAGGUCUAGCCUCCUUUGAUCUCGCCACAACUUGGACAUCUCUUUAAGCUGCUCUCAUCCCCAAAACAAUGGGUUUUAGGGUGAAUAAACAUUUCUGUAAAACAGGACAAAAUCAUAAUGGUUUUUGUAGAGGACCAAGAAAAGACAGGCAGUAUAUUAGAGAGCAUUGUUUCUACACUGAGAGUAGGACUACAUUUUAGCCUAUUUUCAUUUAUUAUUGUUAUAUAUAUAUUUUAAACAUUUACACUACUGGUCAAAAGUGUUAGAACACCUACUCAUUCAAGGGUUUUUCUUUAUUUGUACUAUUUUUUUUUUACAUUGUAGAAUAAUAGUGAAGACAUCAAAACUAACCAAACCAAAAAAGUGUUAAACAAAUCAACAUAUUUUUUAUAAUUGAGAUUCUUCAAAGUAGCCACCAUUUGCCUUGAUGACAGCUUUGCACACUCUUGGCAUGUUGAAGCACCUUUGGCAGCGAUUUCAGCCUAGAGUCUUCUUGGGUAUGACGCUACACACCUGUAUUUGGGGAGAUUCUCCCAUUCUUCUCUGCAGAUCCUCUCAAGCUCUGUAAGGUUGGAUGGGGAGCGUCGCUGCACAGCUAUUUUCAGGUAUCUCCAGAGAUGUUUGAUCGGGUUCAAGGACAUUCAGAGACUUGUCCCAAGGCCACUCCUGUGUUGUCUUGGCUGUGUGCUUAGGGUCGUUGUCCUGUUGGAAGGUGAACCUUCGCCCAAGUCUUAGGUUUUGAGCACUCUGGAAAAACAUCCCCACAGAAUUAUGCUGCCACCACGUCCUUCACCGUAGGGAUGGUAUUAGCCAGGUGAUGAGCAGUGCCUGGUUUUCUCCAGACGUGAUGCUUGGUAUUCAGGCCAAAGAGUUCAAUCUUGGUUUCAUCAGACCAGAGAAUCUUCUUUCUCAUGGUCUGAGAGUCUUUAGGUGCCUUUUGGCAAACUCCAAGUGGGCUGUCAUGUGCCUUUUACUGAGGAAUGGCUUCCGUCUGGCCACUCUACCAUAAAAGGCCUUAUUGGUGGAGUACUGCAGAGAUGGUUGUCCUUCUGGAAGGUUCUCCCAUCUCCACAGAGGAACUCUGGAGCUCUGUCAGAUUGACCAUCGGGUUCUUGGUCACCUCCCUGACCAAGGCCCUUCGCCCCCGAUUGCUCAGUUUGGCAGGCGGCUAGCUCUAGAAAGAGUCUUGGUGGUUCCAAACUUCUUUAAUUUAAGAAUGAUGGAGGCCACUGUAUUCUUGGGGACCUUCAAUGCUGCAGAAAUGUUUUGGUACCCUUCCCCAGAUCUGUGCCUCGACACUAUCCUGUCUUGGAGCUCUACAGACAAUUCCUUUGACCUCAUGGCUUGGUUUUUGCUCUGACAUGCACUGUCAAAUGUGUAACCUUAUAUAGACAGGUGUGUGCCUUUCCAAAUCAUGUCCAAUCAAUUGAAUUUACCACAGGUGGACUCCAAUCAAAUUGUAGAAACAUCUCAAGGCUGGUCACUGGAAACAGGAUGCCCCUGAGCUCAAUUUCGAGUCUCUUAGCAAACGGUCUGAAUACUUAUGUAAAUAAGGUAUUUCUGUUUUUUAAAUGUUAAUACAUUUUUACAAAAUUCUAAAAACCUGUUUUCACUUUGUCAUUAUGGGGUAUUGUGUGUAGAUUGAUGAGGAACAUGUUUUUAUUUAAUCAAUUUUAGAAUAAGGUUGUAACGUAAUAAAAUGUGGAAAAGGUGAAGGCGUCUGAAUACUUUCUGAAUGUACUCUACAUAUUUAUAAUCACAAUUUAAUUAUAGCCUACAGUAGUGGAUUUAAUACCACUGUUUUCAGCAGUGGCAUUUUGAGACUGUGCUUUCACAUGAGCUAUUAGUGCUGUGGCACUGAAAGAACAACUCCUGGCAUUAUCACCUGUUUUUCAACAUUUAUGUUUGGCUGUAGAUUGUCUGCUUGAGUUAUAAUGAGUUUACAUGCCCUGCCUCAUACCUGCUUUUCUGGUUUCAACAGAUGGGGAAUGUGUUAGGUGCCUGUUAUGUUUGAAUAAUACAAACAUGUUAAGCAUAUAUUCUCCCAUGAAUCAGAUAUUAUUCAAAUAUUGCUGUAGCCUACACUGUAAAACCAUCAAAUAAAACCAAAUGUUAUUUGUCACAUGCUUUGUAAACAAUAUAUGUACUUAGGGGCCCUUCCCAACAAUGCAGAGCAAAGAAAAUAUGAAAUAAUAUAAAAAUAUAAAAAUAUAAACACAAGGAAUAAAUACACAUUGAGUAAUGAUAACUUAGCUAUAUCACGGGGUACCAGUACCGAGUCCAUCUGCAGGGGUACGAGGUAAUUGAGGUAGAUAUGUAUUUAUAGGUAGGGAUAAAGUGACUCGGCAACAGGAUAGAUAAUAAACAGUAACAGCAGCAUAUGUGAUGAGUCAAAAGAGUUACUGCAAAAAGCGUCAAUGCAGAUAGUCCGGGAAGCUAUUGGUCUAUGGCUGGAGAUUUUGAAAACAUUUUUUGGCCUUCUUCUGACACCGCCUGGUAUAGAGGUCCUGGAUGGCAGGGAGCUCGGCCCUAGUUAUGUACUGGGCCAUACGCACUACCCUCUGUAGCACUUUGCGGUCGGAUGCCAAGCAGAUGCCAUACCAAGCGGCGAUGCAGCCAGUCAAGAUGCUCUCAAUGGUGCAGCUGUAUAACUUUUUGAGGAUCUGAGUGCCCAUGGCAAAUAUUUUCAGCCUCCUGAGGGGAAAGAGGCGUUGUCGUGCCCUCUUCACGACUGUGCUGGUGUGUGUGGACCAUGAUAAUUCCUUAGUGAUGUGGACACAUGAAACAUGAAACAUGUGACAUGUUUAUAACCUAAACGUCAGUGUUUAAAACUUAAACAUUAGGCAUUUAGAUUUGCCAAUAAGUGUUCUCAUCUUAAACACAGGCAUUUAGAAUGCAAGAUUAAACAUGAUAGUCAGCUUUUUCCAUUCAGUUUCAAACCAGGAGAACACCUAUAUCUCCUAAGUGUUCAGAUUUUAAACACUAGUGUUUACUUUCCCAUUGUGGAGUGCAUUUAUACAUUAGAAAUUGAUGUGACUUUCCAUGCCAUUUAUUCAGAUCAGUGUUAGGAAUGUCUGUCACCUUACCUACCUUUCAGCACAACUGAACAGGACAUUUGAUUCAAGAAAUCUUUUCAAUCACGUGGUGUUGUUACUCGGCUAUGUUGACAUAAUUUCUGUUAACUCUCUCAGAGUGAAAAAGAUGUGGGAAGGGCCUCAUUAUCAUAUUUCCCAGCAUGCUUUGUUGCAGGAUGAUUUUUAGAAUAGUUUAUUUUAAUAUCUGUUUCCUCAUGCACAUUGACUGAUUAAUUGAUCUUAUACUAUACAAAGAUAAAUAACUAAAACAAUUCUAAACUAAUACAAUCUUUAAGGGGUCGGACUUAUUGCACCUGUUACGGACAUGGGUGUUCCAGUUUAGAUGGUUUAGGUAGUCUUGUUUGUUAAGUCCUCACCAUAGCAGUCACUCUGAGAGGAGGUUGUGGGUGAUACAAUAUCCAAAUUGUUGGGUAUCCUCCCUCUAAUCACUUCACAAACCAGCGUAUUGUGACUGGCAGGUCUGAUGUGGCCCAUGAGCCAGGAAUUUCAGACCACAAUGUUGAGGAUACCUAGCCCAUAACUAAAGGCCUUGUGACAUGUAUAAUAUGUUGUCAUAAAGGGUUUACUUUUAAUUGAAACACAUUCACUUAGGCAGUCACUUGGUGAAGGCUUCAUGAAUAUAAUUUAUUGAAUGCAACAAUCUCUGUCACUAACAAACACAGUCAUGGGUGGGUAUCCCUCACAUUCACUCGAAAGGCAGGCUGGGAAAUAUGCAAUAUGCAAACCACUUUACACCCUGUUAAAAUAACACCCCCAGUUUUUUUGUGUUGAAUAAACGUGUUCAUGUGUUUAAAAAGUGUUACAGCGAAUAUAACAUGUUCUGGUGUUUACAAUCUAAACACUGUGAUGCGUUUUCAUUGAAAUUCUAAAUGCCUUGGCGCGUUUAAAAAGUGUUACAGAAAAGUGUUUAGUCAUGUGUGCAGAUCCGAAACACUUGGUUUUACAAUGUACCUAGAUAGAUAGGUAUGGAAACUCAAAUUAUAUACAACUGUUAUUACAUUGUAAUUACACUGUACGAGAUACGUUCCACAAAUAAAUAAUUUACAUGGAUGUAAGCCACAACGUAGCAGUUUUGACUAUUUGUUUUUCUAUAAAAACGUUCUGACCAUCUGUUACAUCACGUUGCAGAUCCAGUGAAACCUGUUCAAAGACACGCAACACAGCCUGCUGUACAGAGGCUACAGAAAGCAGCUCCACUUGCUGAUUCAUUACACAUUAUGUCAUAACCCAUGAGCCUUUCACAAAGUGUGUUGUUUAUAUGGGGGAAACAAUCUUCCCAGCUCUGCAGAUUUUGCUGCGAAGAGACAGAAUCAUUAGAUAAUUUGUUUUGGUACUGUCCAUUUGUAGCUUGUUUUUGGUCACAGGUCCAGGAAUGGCUUGGAGCAAACCCUGCAGAUAGCACUACUGGGUGAUCUGAAAAGUCAGAGUCAAUCGAUCAAUAAUAUAAUAAUACUUUUAGCAAAAAUGUUUAUUUUCAAUUUACAAUCUGUAGAAACAAUGAGAAUAGAAGGGUUCAGAACUUUUGUGAAACAUCACAGUACAGUUGAAAAUUAUAUGGCAAAUAGAAAUCCAAUAUGGAUGGUGUUAAGAGAUAGAUAGGAGGUGUUGAAUGGAGCUGAAGGAUGGGACUAAUAACAACUAACAACAACUAAUAACAGCAAGAUAACUAAUGUAAAGCAUACUGUGUCCAUAAUAAGUACAGUGAGGGAAAAAAGUAUUUGAUCCCCUGCUGAUUUUGUACGUUUUCCCACUGACAAAGACAUGAUCAGUCUAUAAUUUUAAUGGUAGGUUUAUUUGAACAGUUAGAGACAGAAUAACAACAAAUAACAACUGACGCUUAAAUUUAGUGAGGGAGAUAAGAGUCUCCAGCUUCAGAGAUGUUUGCAGUUCGUUCCAGUCAUUGGCAGCAGAGAACUGGAAGGAAUGGCGGCCAAAGGAGGUGUUGGCUUUGGGGAUGACCAGUGAGAUAUACCUGCUGGAGCGCAGACUACGGGUGGGUGUUGCUAUGGUGACCAGUGAGCUAAGGUAAAACGGGGAUUUGCCUAGAUUGCUUCUGUGGACAGGUGUCUUUUAUACUGGUAACAAACUGAGAUUAGGAGCACUCCCUUUAAGAGUGUGCUCCUAAUCUCAGCUCAUUACCUGUAUAAAAGACACCUGGGAGCCAGAAAUCUUUCUGAUUGAGAGGGGGUCAAAUACUUAUUUCCCUCAUUAAAAUGCAAAUCAAUUUAUAACAUUUUUUACAUGCGUUUUUCUGGAUUUUUUUGUUGUUAUUCUGUCUCUCACUGUUCAAAUAAACCUACCAUUAAAAUUAUUGUCACGGCUGUCGGUGAGAUGCGGUUGAAGAAGUCAGGCGCAGGACACAGAACUCUCGGACACGUACUUUAAUCCCAUACUGAACAAUAGAAUACAGAAAUAACUCCACGCAGGGAGGAAAUAACCUGCUCACUAAUGACAUACAUGAAGGGAAAACAAUCACACACAAUGUCCUGAUGAGAGACAGGGGUAAUAUAAGGGCAACAAUCAAACAUAAUGACGAACAGGUGUAAACAACACAGACAAAACUAAACAGACACCGAUAACAUCGAACGGCAGCAGCUAGUACUCCGGGGAUGACGAACGCCGAAGCCUGCCCGAGCAAGGAGGAGGAGCAGAAUCCGUGACAGUACCCCCCCCCCCCCCCCCCCCCCCUUGACGCGCGGCUCCACCCCGGCCUCGGGGACGGCCAGGAGGACGCGGAGCAGGGCGAGUCGGAUGACUCCGGUGGAACUCUGUCAACAGGGAGGGAUCUAGGAUGUCCCUCCUAGGGACCCAGCACUGUUCCUCCGGACCGUACCCCUCCCACUCCACGAGAUACUGCAGACCCCCCAUCCGACGCCUCGAAUCCACGAUGGAACGGACUGAGUACGCCGGAGCCCCUUCGAUGUCUAGUGGGGGCGGAGGGGCCUCUCGUACCUCAUUCUCCUGGAGUGGACCAGCUACCACCGGCCUGAGGAGAGACACAUGGAACGAGGGGUUAAUGCGAUAAUUAAUAGGCAGCUUUAACCUAUAACAUACCUUGUUCAAUCUCCUCAGGACUUUAAAUGGCCCCACAAACCGCCGGCCCAGCUUCCGGCAGGGCAGGUGAAGGGGCAGGUUUCUGGUCGAGAGCCAGACCCGAUCUCCCGGUGCAUAAACCGGACCCUCACUGCGGUGGCGAUCGGCGCUCGCCUUUUGCCGUCUGAUGGCCCGCUGCAGAUGGACAUGCACAGCGUUCCAUGUCUCCUCCGAGCGCCGAAACCAUUCAUCCACCGCAGGAGCCUCGAUCUGGCUCUGAUGUCAGGGUGCCAGAACCGGCUGAUAGCCCAACACACACUGGAAAGGAGUAAGAUUAGUGGAGGAGUGGCGGAGUGAGUUUUGGGCUAUCUCUGCCCAGGGAAUAUACCCCGACCACUCCUCCUGCCGGUCCUGGCAGUAGGACCUCAGAAACCUACCCACAUCUUGGUUUACUCUCUCCACCUGCCCAUUACUCUCAGGGUGAAAACCCGAGGUAAGGCUGAUCGAGACCCCCAAACGUUCCAUAAACGCCCUCCACACUCUAGAGGUGAACUGGGGACCCCGAUCAGACACUAUAUCCUCAGGCACCCCGUAGUGCCGGAAAACGUGAGUAAACAGGGCUUCGGCCAUUUGUAGGGCUGUAGGAAGACCUGGCAUAGGGAUGAGACGGCAGGCCUUAGAAAACCGAUCCACAACGACCAAGAUCGUGGUAUUCCCCUAGGAGGGGGGAAGGUCCCUGACAAAAUCCACUGACAGGUGAGACCACGGCCGUUGUGGAACGGGCAGAGGUUGUAACUUCCCUCUGGGCAGGUGUCUAGGCGCCUUACACUGGGCGCACACCGAGCAGGAAGAAACGUAAUCCCUCACGUCCCUGGCUAAGGUGGGCCACCAGUACUUCCCGCUAAGACAGUGCACUGUCCGACCAAUACCAGGAUGACCAGAGGAGGGUGACGUGUGAGCCCAAUAAAUCAGUCGGUCACGGACCUCGAGCGGCACGUACCUCCGUCCCUCUGGACACUCUGGGGGAGUAGGGUCGGUACGUAACGCCCGCUCGAUUUCCGUGUCGACCUCCCACACCACCGGUGCCACUAGACAAGACUCCGGUAGUAUGGGAGUGGGCUCAAUGGACCUCUCCUCUGUGUCAUAUCGUCGGGACAGGGCGUCUGCCUUAACGUUCUAUGACCCUGGGAUAUACGUGAUCUUAAAUACAAACCGGGCAAGAAACAUGGCCCACCUAGCCUGACGAGGGUUCAGUCUCUUCGCUGCCCGGAUGUACUCCAGGUUACGAUGGUCAGUCAGAAUGAGAAAAGGGUGGUUAGCCCCCUCAAGCCAAUGUCUCCACACCUUCAGGGCUUGGACCACAGCUAGCAGCUCCCUGUCCCCCACGUCAUAAUUGCGUUCCGCCGGACUGAGCUUCUUGGAAUAGAAAGCACAGGGGCGGAGUUUUGGAGGCGUGCCCGAGCGCUGAGACAGUAUAGCACCGAUCCCCGCCUCGGACGCAUCCACCUCGAUUUGGAACGCCAAAGAGGGAUCCGGAUGUGCCAGCACCGGAGCUGAGGUGAACAGGUCCUUCAAAUGACUAAACGCCCUGUCCGCCUCAGCCGACCACUGCAAACGCACCGGGCCACCCUUUAGCAGGGAGGUAAUGGGAGCUGCUACCUGUCCAAAACCCCGGAUAAACCUCUGGUAGUAAUUGGCAAAACCCAAAAAACGCUGCACCUCCUUUACUGUAGUUGGAGUCUGCCAAUUACGCACGGCUGAAACGCGGUCAAUCUCCAUCUCCACCCCUGACGCGGGACACCGGUGUCCCGGGAAAGGGGAGAUGGACUCCUGGUAAAACAGACAUUCUCUGCUUCACUUUACAGAUCAUGCUCCAACAGUCUACCAGCACCGACGUACAUUUCAUUACAUUUUGUCAUUUAGCAGACGCUCUUCCGACGCCUUACAGUUAGUGAUAAUAUUUUUAUGCGCCCCCGGGGAACGAACCCACCACCCUGGCGUUGAAACGCAGCUCUAUAAACUGAGCUCAUCCCUGCCCGGCCAUCCUCCCCAAAACCUGGACGACGCGGGAGCCAAAAGGUGGCCGAAACUGAUCUCCGGCGCGGCCGGCUGCCGAAAAGGCCGGAUUCGAACCAGAUCUCUAGUGGCACGGUGCCUGUAUGCAUGCCUUAGCCCAAAACUGCGCCGGGCGUACCAGGAACAGCCGGAAUUUGUGCGGAGUAUAUCAAAAGGGUCAUCAAUAACCCAUACCCCUGUCCAUCAAUCCCGAAAACUCGUCCCAAAAUGAUGGGAAGACUGAAGGAGCAUUCAUUAGACCGUAUGGUAUGACGAGGUACUCAUAGUGACCCGAGGUGGUACUGAAUGCUGUCUUCCACUCAUCUCCUUCCCGAAUGCGCACCAGGUUGUAAGCGCUCCUGAGAUCCAAUCUUGUGAAGAAGCGCGCCCCGUGUAAUGACUCCGUCAUACUAGAAAUCAGAGGGAGAGGAUAGCUGUAUUUAAUAGUGAUCUGAUUGAGACCACGGUAAUCAAUACACGGGCGUAAAUCCCCAUCCUUCUUCUUCACAAAAAAUAAACUUGAGGACGCAGGAGAAGUGGACGGCCGUAUGUAUCCCUGUCUCAAGGAUUCGGUGACGUAUGUCUCCAUAGCAGCCAUCUCCUCCUGAGACAGAGGAUACACAUGGCUGCGAGGGAGCGCAGCGCCAACCUGGAGGUCUAUCGCACAAUCCCCCUGUCGAUGAGGUGGUAAUUGAGUCGCCUUCUUCUUACAGAAGGCACGUGCCAAAUCGGACAUACUCAGGAGGAAUGUGCAUUGUGGGUAUUUGGUUCGGACUCUCCACCGUCGUUGCCCCUACGGAAACACCUACACACCGCCCCACACACUGAUCAGACCAUCUCUUGAGAGCCCUCUGUUGCCAUGAAAUGUUGGGGUCAUGAGAUGUUAACCAGGGAAGCCCCAACACCACUGGAAACGCAGGAGAGUCAAUUAAAUACAACUGUAUAGUCUCCUCAUGACCCUUCUGCGUUUUCAUCUUCAGUGGCGCUGUGACCUCCCUAAUCAAUCCCGACCCCAAAGGCCGGCUAUCUAGGGCAUGGAUAGGGAAGGGCACAUCGACUGGUAAUAUAGGGAUUCCUAACUUAUAUGAGAAAUGGCGAUUGAUAAAAUUCCCAGCUGCGCCUGAAUCGACUAGCGCCUUAUGCUGGGAGUAAGAAGAAAUCUCUGGAAACACAACUUGAAUACACAUAUGAACAACAGAGAGCUCUGGGUGAGUUGCGGCCUUACUCACCGGGAAUGACUUAUCCAUGCAUUGCCUGCUGCCUCGAAUCCGAGGAGACCCUCCCCAGCACCGAACCGCCGUGUGUCCUCGGCGGCCACAGUUGGUGCAGGGGACAGCCUCCCUCCUGGCCUCCCUACUACCAGCACCCCCGAGCUCCAUAGGGCUCGGCUCGGAGGUGCUGGGGGAUGGAAUGGACGGCCCCAGCUCCGGACGUCCGCGGGUAGCCAACAGGGUAUCCAGGCGAAUCGACAUGUCCACCAGCUGAUCGAAGCUUAUGUUGAUGUCCCUGCAGGCCAACUCUCGACGAACGUCCUCUCUUAAGCUACACCUGUAGUGGUCGAUGAGGGCCCUCUCAUUCCAUCCCGAAUUGGCACUCAGAGUCCGGAAGUCCAGUGUGAAUUCCUGCGCGCUCCUCCUCCCCUGUCUGAGGUGGAAUAGACGCUCACCCGCCGCCUUCCCCUCCGGGGGAUGAUCGAACACUGCCCUGAAGCGGCGGGUGAACUCCGCAUAGUUCACAGUAGCGGCGUCUAUCCCUCCCCACUCGGCGUUGGCCCACUCCAGUGCCUUGCCGGACAGACAGGAGAUGAGGGCGGACACGCUUUCGUAUCCCGAGGGUGCCGGGUGAAUGGUUGCCAGGUAAAGUUCCACCUGGAGCAGGAAACCCUGACACCCGGCUGCGGUGCCAUCAUAAGCCCUCGGGAGCGAGAGCCGAAUCCCACUGGACUCCGGAUGUGAGACGAUAGGAGUGGCCGAUGGUGGUGGUAUCGUUGGAGGAGGUGUGGGCAAACCUUCUCUCUCCCAUCGUCCCAAAGUGUUAAUCACGUUAUCCAUGGUGGCACCAAGAUUUUGUAGCAUCGCUGCCUGUUGUAGGACGCGCUCCUCGAGUGAUCCGGUCGGUGCCGUCGCUCCUGCUGACUCCAUGUUGUGGUGUGUGAUUCUGUCACGGCUGUCGGUGAGAUGCGGUUGAAGAAGUCAGGCGCAGGACACAGAACUCUCGGACACGUACUUUAAUCCGAUACUGAACAAUAGAACACAGAAAUAACUCCACGCAGGGAGGAAAUAACCUGCUCACUAAUGACAUACGUGAAGGGAAAACAAUCACACACAAUAACCCGAUGAGAGACAGGGGUAAUAUAAGGGCAACAAUCAAACAUAAUGACGAACAGGUGUAAACAAUACAGACAAAACUAAACAGACACCGAUAACAUCGAACGGCAGCAGCUAGUACUCCGGGGACGACGAACGCCGAAGCCUGCCCGAGCAAGGAGGAGGAGCAGCCUCGGCAGAAUCCGUGACAAUUAUAGACUGAUCAUGUCUUUGUCAGUGGACAAAUGUACAAAAUCAGCAGGGGAUCAAAUACUUUUUUCCCUCACUCAUGCAUAGGUUAUAGGUUGAGAGCUUUUGUGAAAGAGCACAGUUAGAAAGAUAUGGCAUAUAGAAACAAACCGGAUGGACAUCAUGAAAAUGAUCAGAGCGGUUGAGGGUAGAGGAAGUUCAGGAGUAAAAACAAACAAAGUAGAAUUAUUGUAAAAUUGACUGUGUCCCUAAAAUGUAUAUAGUAUGUUGUUCACUAGUUUACUCCAAUUAGGGAAGGGGUGGUGGGGUUGGAAAGUAAUAAAGGGAAAUCAAUAUUUUAAAAAAAGGAUAUGUAUACAAACGUCCUUUUUUCAGGACCCUGUCUUUCAAAGAUAAUUUGUAAAAAUCCAAAUAACUUCACAGAUCUUCAUUGUAAAGGGUUUAAACACUGUUUCCCAUGCUUGUUCAAUGAACCAUAAACAAUUAAUGAACAUGCACCUGUGGAAGGGUCGUUAAGACACUAACAGCUUACAGACGGUAGGCAAUUAAGGUCACAGUUAUGAAAACUUAGGACACUAAAGAGGCCUUUCUACUGACUCUGAAAAACACCAAAAGAAAGAUGCCCAGGGUCCCUGCUCAUCUGCGUGAACGUGCCUUAGGCAUGCUGCAAGGAGGCAUGAGGACUGCAGAUGUGGCCAGGGCAAUACAUUGCAAUGUUACACCAGGAACGCACAAUAUCUUCAUCAGUGCUCAGACUGUCCGCAAUAGGCUGAGAGAGGCUGGACUGAGGGCUUGUAGGCCUGAUGUAAGGCAGGUCCUCACCAAACAUCACCGGCAACAAUGUCGCCUAUGGGCACAAACCCACCGUCGCUGGACCAGACAGGACUGGCAAAAAGUGCUCUUCACUGACGAGUCGCGGUUUUGUCUCACCCACGGUGAUGGUCAGAUUCACUUUUAUCAUGGAAGGAAUGAGCGUUACACCGAGACCUGUACUCUGGAGCGGGAAUGAUUUGGAGGUGGAGGGUCCGUCAAUAUCUGGGUCGGUGUGUCACAGUAUCAUCGGACUGAGCUUGUUGUCAUUGCAGGCAAUCUCAACGCUGUGCGUUACAGGGAAGACAUCCUCCUCCCUCAUGUGGUACCCUUCCUGCAGGCACAUCCUGACAUGAUCCUCCAGCAUGACAAUGCCACCAGCCAUACUGCUCGUUCUGUGCGUGAUUUCCUGCAAGACAAGAAUUUCAGUGUUCUGCCAUGGCCAGCGAAGAGCCCGGAUCUCAAUCCCAUUGAGCACGUCUGGGAGGGGGGAGGGGGGGGGGGGGGGGGGGGGUGUGUAGAAGUAUUACUUUAUCCUAUCCCAGGUAUUCCUUAAAGAGGUGGGGUUUCAAAUGUCUCCGGAAGGUGGUGAGCGAGGGUGAAGAGUGGGGUAACAUCUCACAGCAAGAACUGGCAAAUCUGGUGCAGUCCAUGAGGAGGAGAUGCACUGCAGUACUUAAUGCAGCUGGUGGCCACACCAGAUACUGACUGUUACCUUUGAUUUUGACCCCCCCUUUGUUCAGGGACACAUUAUUCAAUUUAUGUUAGUCACAUGUCUGUGGAACUUGUUCAGUUUAUGUCUCAGUUGUUGAAUCUUGUUAUGUUCAUACAAAUAUUUACACAUUUCUUUUUUUGCUGAGUUGAUAUGCAUGUAUAUGUAUUUGUAUGUAUGUGUAUAUGUAUGUGUAUGUAUGUAUAUGUAUUUGUAUGUAUGUAUGUGUAUAUGUAUGUGUAUGUAUGUAUAUGUAUAUAUAUAUAUAUAUAUAUAUAUAUAUAUAUAUAUAUAUAUAUAUAUAUAUAUAUUUGCGAGAAAAAAAACAUAUGGGGGAUUGGAAGUGAUGCAAACAAUUACAUUGAUGAAAGUUACAAUCUAUCUACAAUAUUAAAGCUGAUCUACCCCCAAAGAAAAAAAAAGUAUGUUGUCGUACAAUCCAGGAGAAAUAGAAAAUAUUUCUGGGGUGCAUUCCAAAUGUGGAGGCGUGGAAAAUGAAGGUAGCAUAGCCUACAAACACGUACACGCACGCACGGACGUACACACGGACACACACACACACGGACACACGCGCACGCACACACACACACACACACAAGGCAAUCACAUAGGCCUAGGUAAUGAUAAUGAUUAUGCAUAGGUAAUGGUGACACUAAUGCUGUAAUGCAUUUGGAGUAAAGCUGAAACAAAUUACAUUUAGUAAACCCUAGAUAAUGGGUGUCAAAUAAAAUUGCUACGGGGGCCGAAUUCGGUCUUUAACGAAGUCUGGAGUGCCACACUGAUUUUACAAAUAUAUUUCCUCGCAGUCCAAAUUUGCUAAAGAUAGAAUUUUCGAUAAUCCCUGGCUGUCUCGCUUUAAUUUAGGUGAUUAUUAGGUCCAUUAUAAUUUCUACACAGUUUUGAUUUUGGUUUUAGUCAUUUAAAAGUAUAUAGAGUUUAUUUUUUAUUUUUUACACAAUCCAGCCGCGGGCCUGAUUGGAAAUUCAAUUAUACAGCAGUUAUUACAUUGUAAUUACACUGUAAGAGACACGUUCCAUAUACAGAUAAAGAAAGAGUUUAUAUGGAUACAGGCCACACUGUAGCAGUUUUGACUAACUAUUUGUUUUUCCAUCCAAACAUUCAGCAGGAGGAUGAGUCACUUGACUUGACUGACGAAUUGCCAUGUGAGGGGUUAAAAAAAACAACCUCAACACAAACGGUACUCAUUAUGUACACAAGGCUGAUAAUGCUGUAUCCAUAGGCUUUACAUUGUGCACGUUCAUUUAUACAUGAAUUAGUAUUCAACAUGUCGUCUCCUCUUGGUUUAGAGCAUUUCAAUCUUCCUGCUACACAACUAUGUCUGUGUCAAUAACUGAUUUCAAUGGUAUUGCUACACUUUGCACUUCAAAGUAAAUCUCUGCUCUGUUAAAAGUACACUCAAGAAAAAUUAUUUUUAUUUAUCAUAGUGAUUAAGAAGUUAAACAAAUAAAUAUUCCCCACCAACAUUAGACAACUAAACAGAAAAAACUCAAAUUAAUUAAAUAUAUAAGUAAGUCAGUGAUGAGAGAAUAGUCAGAUUAACUGAAAAUUGAUACAGACAUGGUGGUGUAGCAGGAAGAUUGGCACGCCAUGAACCAAGAGGUUGUGAGUUCAAAUCCCAGGUGCGGACAUGUUGAAUAAUAAUUACUGUAUAAAUGAGCAUGCACAAUGUGUGUCAAAUAUGUAAGUUGAGAACAUUUUAUGUUACAAUCAGUGUGCGUAACUAGUUACACAGCCUUUUUGGGGGGUAAAAUACCAACAAUAUUUGUUUGUUUGUUGAAUGAACACAUAAGACAAAUUGAGAAAAUACAUAAUUUUAAAUUGAUAGAAGUUUUCUCAUGUUGGAGCUAAGUUUCCGGCCAACUAAAAAUAUUAAGUUCAGGUAACACUUUAACCAAAAAGUUGAGUAAACUAAAAAAGGCUGUGGAACCAGUUACUUAAUAAUAAUGAGUUGAAACAACUAGAUUUGUGUUUUUUUUUUGUACACUGUGUGAGUGUGUGUGUUUGCGUGUGUGUGUGUAUGUGUGCGUGCAUGCAUGCAUGCGUGCACAACAUAGGUGAACAAAGAAAGUCGAUAUCCACAAGUCUGGACACAGACCUGUCAUAUUGAUUUUGAGAAGUCAUUCGAGAGAGAACAACUACAGACUCCAGUAAAUGUUUUACUGUAGAAAUCUGUCUCUGCAUGUUGUGGCGCUGCUUGUUGUGUGUAAAAAUAAACCAAAAUUGUAGAAUUAUGCCCUGAAUGUGACUGGUUUAACCAUAGUUGAUAUCAAAUAAAUCAAAAUAAAUAAAAUAAAAUCAUCAUCAUCAUCACCAUGGCCACCAACACUGCUAAAUGCUAGUAAUCUAUAAGUAGCGUGUGAUCAUCCUGAUUUAGGAGGGGAGAUGAGCGCAUGUGAGAACAGCUGUAGCGACGUGGUUGUUGCCGUGGAGACACUGCAUGCCGUGUCGUUGAGGUGAUUCUGUUCUGUUUGCAGUUCUAACUCACGUUUCCACUGUGUCCAGAUUGGCCUGGGGGUUGAUUCCACUCAUUUCUCUGACUAAUUGCUUGGAAAGUGAAGACGUUUCUUGGCUCUGUGCAUCAGUGUGUGAAGAAAGACUACAUAGACAAAGGGUGCUUUGGUAAUAGAUGUGGUUCAAAUGGUGAACCACACUCACGUAACUAUAUUGAACAAAAAUAUUAACUCAACAUGCAACAGUUUUAACGAUUUUACUGAGUUACAGUUCAUAUAAGGAAAUCAGUCAAUUUAAAUUAAUUCAGUAGGCCCUAAUCUAUGGAUUUCAAAUAACUGGGAAUAGAGAUAUGCAUCUGUUGGUCACAGAUACUGUACCUUAAAAAAAGGUAGGGGCGUGGAUCAGAAAACCAGUCAGCAUCUGGUGUGACCACCAUUUGUUUCAUGCAGCGCGACACAUCUCCUUCACAUAGAGUUGAUCAGGCUGUUGAUUGUGGCCUGUGGAAUGUUGUCCCACUCCUCUUCAAUGGCUGUCGUGCAUGUCAAUCCAGAGCAUCCCAAACAUGCUCAAUGGGGGACAUGUCUGGUGAGUAUGCAGGCCAUGGAAGAACUGGGACAUUUUCAGCUUCCAGGAAUUGUGUAUAGAUCCUUGUGACAUGGGGCUGUGCAUUAUCGUGCUGACAGAUGAUGUGAUGAUGGUGGAUGAAUGGCACGACAAUGGAUCUCAGGAUCUCGUCACGGUAUCUCUGUGCAUUCAAAUUGCCAUUGAUAAAAUGCAGCUGUGUUUGUUGUCCGUAGUUUAUGCUUGCCCAUACCAUAACCCCAGCACCACCAUGGGGCACUUUGUUCACAACGUUGACAUCAGCAAACUGCUCACCCACACAACGCCAUAAAAGUGGUCUGCAGUUGUGAGGCUGGUUGGACAUACUGCCAAAUUCUCUAAAACGAUCAUGCUGUUUUAUCAGCUUCUUAAUAUGCCACACCUGUCAGGUGGAUGGAUUAUCUUGGUAAAGGAGAAAUGCUCACUAACAGGGAUGUAAACAAAUUUGUGCACAAAAUCCGAGAAAAAUACGCUUUUUGUGCGUAUGGUAAAUUUCUGGGAUAUUUUAUUUCAGCUCAUGAAAAAUGGGACCAACACUUUACAUGUUGUGUUUAUAUUGCUGUUCAGUGUAGUUUACCGGAGACCUAAGGCCUUGCAUUAGCUGCACAAAAUAAGCUUUAGCUACAGCGGUGUGCAAGAGACGCGGAUUUGUCAAAUCCCAUGUCUAGCAGAAACUCAAUGUUGGUGUCUGACCUGCUGAGUCUGUUAUGUACAGAGACAGAGACUACAGUACAGUGAUGGAUCACGCACAGGUUACUACAGAGGCUGCGAUGUUGCAUUUUAUUACAGGCGUUGUCCCAAAUGACACCUUAUUCUCUGUUUACUGCACUACUUUCGACCAGGGCCCAUAUGUAUCCUGGGGUGUAAAAACAGUUGUAGAGCUUUUCUUUGUAGUGAUUUCUGUCCUGUGAUUAAAUCAUGCAUUUGAAUUGGUUUCAUGAGUAAUGGGGUACACUGGUGAAACAUGACAUGGACACACAUCAUUAGUCACAAAGCACUCACUUCUUCAAAAGGCAUGGUCAUGGUACAAAAUGUAUUAGUCUAACAGGCAUUUUACAUUUAAUUCACUCAAAUAUAUAGCAACAAAAUGCCGCUGCUAAAUCAAAUUUCAAAAAGCUGUUUAUAUCUUACUCCAAUACAGCUAAAUGUGAAAACUGUGUAUAUAGAUCGACAUCAUGCAACACAACAAUAUCUUUAAAGAUCUGAUGACUCUGUGUGAGAUAAAAGCUCCCAUUGCCUUGUGUGUGUGUGUGUGUGUGUGUGUGUGUGUGUGUGUGUGUGUGUGUGUGUGUGUGUGUGUGUGUGUGUGCGUGCGUGUGUGUGUGUGUGUGUGUGCACGAGUACCUGAGAGUAGGACAGGUGAACUGACAUUCUUAUUGCUUUCAGAACAAUAGCUUUUAUGGGAGCCAGGAAUAAGCUCUUUGAAGCGCUGUGCUGCUUUUGUGUGUCACGACUAGUUAGAUUCACCAAUACAAACACUGCCCACAUCUUUCUACCAUAACAACAACUACUGGACCUAUUAAAGUCUGAGCAACAAUCAUGUUCUGUAUACAGUCGCUUCAAUAGACAGGGGUUAAGGACUGUCAAUGAGGUGCAGGUCAGCACAGUCUGAUUCACUGUCACUCAAUUACACCCUUAGAAAAAAGAGUUCCAAAAGGGUUAUUUGGCUGUCCCCAUAGGAUAACCCUUUUUGGUUCCAGGUAGAACACUCUGUAGAAAAGGUUCUACGUGGAACCCAAAAGGGUUCUACCUGGGACCAAAAAGGGUUCUUCAAAGGGUUUGUCACGCCCUGACUCAGAGGACGCUUAUAUGUUGAGUCAGGGUGUGUAUAUUCCUUGUUGUGAUUUUCUAUGUUGUAUUUUCUAUGUUUAGAUCUAGUAUGUCUAGAUCUAUGUUGGCCGGUGUGGUUCCCAAUCAGAGGCAGCUGUCGCUCGUUGUCUCUGAUUGGGGACCAUACUUAGGCAGCCUAUUGGCACUAGUGGGUUGUGGGAUCUUGUUCCGUGUUAGGUAUGUUGUUUGUGUACGUUGGACUUCACGUUUCGUUUGUUGUUUUGUCGUUGUGUAUUCGGUUCAAAUAAACAUGUAUGCAAAUCACGCUGCGCCUUGGUCUGACCCGUCUAUGAACGAACGUGACAGAAGAUCCCACCAAACGAGGACCAAGCAGCGUGCCCAGGAAGAGCGAAUAGCCAUGUCACAGGUGGGCAAAUGGUGGUCAUGGGAGGAGAUAUUUGCGGGGAAAGGGCCAUGGGCAAAGGUAGAUGCCCAGGCAGGAGAGGAGCAACGGCAGCACAGAGGAAGCCGGUCGAGGAAGAAGCCUGAGUGACAGCCCCAAUAUUUUUUUUUGGGGGGGGGGGGGGGGGGGCUAAGAGGGUGGUUGGCGGAGCCUAGGGUUAGAGCAGAGCCAACUCCCCGUACUCACGCGAGAAGGCGUAUGACUGGGCAAGCUCCAUGUUAUGCGGAGCUACGUCCUCGUAAAACUGACUAUCCUACCGAUCCUUGACUUCGGCGAUGUAAUUUACAAAAUAGCCUCCAACACUCUACUCAGCAAAUUGGAUGUAGUCUAUCACAGUGCCAUCCGUUUUGUCUCCAAAGCCCCAUACACUACCCACCACUAUGACCUGUACGCUCUUGUUGGCUGGUCCUCACUACAUGUUCGUCGUCAAACCCACUGGCUCCAGGCCAUCUAUAAAUCACUGCUAGGCAAAUCCCCGCCUUAUCUUAGCUCAUUGGUCACCAUAGCAGCACCCACCCGUAGUCUGCGCUCCAGCAGGUAUAUCUCACUGGUCAUUCCCAAAGCCAACACCUCCUUUGGCCGCCAUUCCUUCCAGUUCUCUGCUGCCAAUGACUGGAACGAAUUGCAAAAAUCUCUGAAGCUGGAGACUCUUAUCUCCCUCAAUAACUUUAAGCAUCAGUUGUCAGAGCACCUUACCGAUCACUGCACCUGUACACAGCCCAUCUGAAAUUAGCCCACCCAACUACCUCAUCCCUAUAUUGUUAUUUAUUUUGCUCUUUUGCACCCCAGUAUCUCUAUUUGCACAUAAUAUCUUGCACAUCUAGCAUUCCAGUGUUAAUACUAUUGUAAUUAUUCUGCACUAUAGCCUAUUUAUUGCCUUACCUCCAUAACUUGCUACAUUUGCACACACUGUAUAUAUAUUUUCUGUUGUAUUUCUGACUUUAUGUUUUUUACCCCAUAUGUAACUCUGUGUUGUUUUUAUUGCACUACUUUGCUUUAUCUUGGCCAGGUCGCAGUUGUAAAUGAGAACCUGUUCUCAACUGGCUUACCUGGUUAAAUAAAGGUGAAAUAAAAUAAAAAAAGUACUGUGUCGCCAGUGCGCCGGCACAGGCCUGUACGUCCUGUGCUUGCACCACGCACGUGCCGUGCGAAGAUGGGCAUCCAGCCAGGACGGGGUGUGCCGGCUCAACGCUCCUGGUCUCCAGUACGCCUCCUCGGUCCCGCGUAUCCUGCGCCAGUUCCACGAGCUGUAUCGCCAGUGUGCGUGCACAGCCCAGUGCGUCCUGUGCCAGCGCCCCGCACGUGUAGUGCGAAAGUGGGCAGCCAGCCAGGAUGGGUUGUGCCAGCUCUCCGCUCCAGACCUCCAGUCCGCCUUCGCAGUCCGGUCCGGCCCGUUCCUGCUCCUCGCACCAAGCCAGUGGUGCGCGUCGCCAGCCCGGCCCGGCCUGUUCCUGCCCCUCGAACCAAGCCAGUGGUGCGCGUCGCCAGCCCGGCCUGGCCUGUUCCUGCCCCUCGCACCAAGCCAGUGGUGCGCGUCGCCAGCCUGGUCCGGCCUGUUCCUGUCCCUCGCACCAAGCCAGUGGUGCGCGUCGCCAGCCCGGCCCGACCUGUUCCUGCCCCUCGCACCAAGCCAGUGGUGCGCGUCGCCAGCCCUGCCCGGCCUGUUCCCGCCCCUCGCACCAAGCCAGUGGUGCGCGUAGACAGCCCGGUCCGGCCUGUUCUUGACCCUCGCACCAAGCCAGUGGUGCGCGUCGCCAGCCCGGCCCGGCCUGUUCCUGCCCCUCGCACCAAGCCAGUGGUGCGCGUCGCCAGCCCGGCCCGGCCUGUUUCUGCCCCUCGCACCAAGCCAGUGGUGCGCGUCGCCAGCCCGGCCCGGCCCUGUGCCUCGCACCAAGCCAGUGGUGCGCGUCGCCAGCCCGGUCCGGCCUGUUCCUGCCCCUCACACCAAGCCAGUGGUGUGCGUCGCCAGCACGGCCUGUUCCUGCUCCCCGCACCAGGCCAGUGGUGCACGUCGCCAGUCCGGUACGGCCCGUUCCUGCUCCCCGCACCAAGCCAGUGGUGCGCGUCGCCAGCCCGGUCCGGCCUGUUCCUGCUCCUCGCACCAAGCCAGUGGUGCGUGUGUCCAGUCCGGCAUGGCCCGUGCCUGUUCCACCGGUGCCCAGUUCAGCUCCGGUCAGCUGCUCCACUCCGGAGCCAGAGCAAUCCGCUUCACCGGGGUCCAGUCCAGCUCCGGUCAGCGGCUCUAAUCCGGAGCCAGAGCAGUCCGCUCCACCGGUGCCUGAUCCAGCUCCGGUCAGCUGCUCCACUCCGGAGCCAGAGCAGUCCACUCCACCGGGGUCCAAUCCAGCUCCAGUCAGCGGCUCCACUCCGGAGCCAGAGCAAUCCGCUUCACCGGGGUCCCGUCCAGCUCCAGUCAGCGGCUCCACUCCGGAGCCAGAGCAGUCCGCUCCACCGGUGCCUGAUCCAGCUCCGGUCAGCGGCUCCACUCCGGAGCCAGAGCAGUCCGCUCCACCGGUGCCUGAUCCAGCUCCGGUCAGCGGCUCCACUCCGGAGCCAGAGCAGUCCGCUCCACCGGGGUCCAGUCCAGAUCCGGUCAGCGGCUCCACUCCGGAGCCAGAGCAGUCCACUCCACCGGUGCCAAGUCCAGCUCCAGUCAGCGGCUCCAGUCCAGAGCCUGAGCAGUCCGCUCCACCGGUGCCAGGUCCAGCUCCGGUCAUCGGAUCCAGUCCAGACUCAGACGUCAGCCCCUCUCCAGGUUCGGGGUCUCCCACACCAGGGUCCAGACAGGGCUUGGAGUAUAGUGGGAGGAAGGAGAGGGGAAGCAACGCGCCGAGGUCUAGACCAGACCAGGGGCGCAACAGGGAGGCGAAGAGUGAGAGGUCGUCACGCCCUGAGCCGGAUCCGCCUCCGAGGCGGAAUGCCCACCCGGCCCCUACCCUGUUAUGUGUAUGUUGUGCGGUCGGAGUCCGCACCUUUGGGGGGGGGGGGGGGGGUACUGUCACGCCCUGACUCAGAGGACGCUUAUAUGUUGAGUCAGGGUGUGUAUAUUCCUUGUUGUGAUUUUCUAUGUUGUAUUUUCUAUGUUUAGAUCUAGUAUGUCUAGAUCUAUGUUGGCCGGUGUGGUUCCCAAUCAGAGGCAGCUGUCGCUCGUUGUCUCUGAUUGGGGACCAUACUUAGGCAGCUUAUUGGCACUAGUGGGUUGUGGGAUCUUGUUCCGUGUUAGGUAUGUUGUUUGUGUACCUUGGACUUCACGUUUCGUUUGUUGUUUUGUUGUUGUGUAUUCGGUUCAAAUAAACAUGUAUGCAUAUCACGCUGCGCCUUGGUCUGACCCGUCUAUGAACGAACGUGACAGGGUUCUCCUAUGGGGACAGCCAAAGAACCCUUUAAGGUUCUAGAUAGCACCUUUUUUUCUAAGAGUGGGGCUAUGUGGAGUGGACCUCAGUAUUGUAAAAAAUACCUCUCUUGAAAAACCCUUCUCUCUAUGUCACCUAACACAACAUAUACGUUCCCAUCUCAUUCAUGUGAUGUGGUGACGUUAGUAGCAGUAGGUGGGUUUCCAAUCAAGAGUGUGUAUGAAUAAUUUAAAGCUGCGUCAUGUUAUGCAGUGUUUGGUGGGUAUUAUAAAGUGUGUGUGUGUGUGUGUGUGUGUGUGUGUGUGUGUGUGUGUGUGUGUGUAAGGGAGGUAUGUGUGAAGGCAUCAUGCAGAGUGUAAACGUUUACAGAUUCCUUAAUAAGAACCAGUAGGACUCCCAGCUCUAAGCCUCAUCCCUGUCAGGCAUCAUGUCAAAUAGUAUGUCAUGUGUUUACCCUGGCCAUAUCUCUCUAUAGGCCAUAUGCUGCUAAUUUGUACAGCAGAGAGGUGAUGUACCAUAGGUAUGACUGAUGGAGCUACACCGUCACAGCUGAUUCUCUGAAAUGGCACCCUAUUCCCAACAUUGUGUAAUACACCCUAUUCCCUAUCGGCCCUGGUUUAAAGUAGUGCACUAUAUAGGGAGUAGGGUGCCAUUUUGAACUCUGUUUCUCAUCUGUCUGCCAGCGUGAUGACAGCAUCUAGUGUGGAGAAUGAUGACAGUGGACACACAGUCUCUUCUGUCUGCUGCCAGCGUGAUUGACAGCUCUCGGUAGCCAAAGGCACUUCACAGCUGCACUCUGUCCCCCCCUCCAUACAUAGCUGUCAUCUCCUACAGCCACAUGAGCUGGACCAUAACAUUGACAGGGAUUGUUUGGGGUGUGUGCGUGUACUGUGUGUGUGUAUGGUGUGUGUGCGCAUGUGGAAGGGUGUGUGUGUCUCAGUGGCUGUCAUCUCCAACCACUGUUGACAAGGAGUGUUUGGUGAAGACUUCUGUCAAUGGGGUAGUGUGGUCUUGACAGUGAUUGUUGUUUGGUUGUGGUGGUGCUGUGUGUGUGAUGUGUGUUUGUAUGUGUAUGGUUGUGUGUGGUUCUGCCAAUGAGGUUGUGGUCUUGAUAAAGAUUUUUUGGUGGGGCGAGGUGUGUGUGUCUGCGUGUGGUCUUGACAGCGAUUUUUUGUCGAGUUUGUUUAGACAUUAUUGGUUACUUUGAGGGCUAGAAGCAACUCAGAAAAGGUUCUAGGAAUCCUGUCAAAACCUGUUUUAAGACUAAAAAACACUCCCAGCUCAGAGUAGGUUUUAGAAUAAUAUGACAAUGCCCAGACAAAGUCUGAGCCAGGAGUAAAAUCAACUCAUAACAUUUUAUCUCCGCUGGUAAUCACGACAGUUUGAGGUACCGCAAAGGAAAGACGGUGAUGCUCAUUGACAUUGUUGUAAAUAAUGGAGAAUAACCAAUCACGAAUCGGCAUCGCCAGCUGUACACGCUUCAGACAACCACGGUGAAUAUGACUGUCAAAUGUUGCAAUGGUAAAACAUUUGAUAGAAUUUUCGCCUUACACGAUCACUUUGCCUACUUUUAAAUCUUUGCUAAUAUGUUGGUGUGCAUAACAUAUAUUAUGUCUUUUUAUUAAUUUCUUAUUACAAAAGCGGCAUUUUUUAUGAUAUUACCGUUAUAUCAACACACUCAUCUCUCCCGUUUAACAACUCUAAAUCGCUUUGGCACAGUUGGCAUCAAAUCACUUGCCGAUAAUGUUGCAUAAAAUGUUUGAAAGGUCUGUAAUUUUCACCGAACACAAUCAAAGUUAACAUAGGCCCUAGAUGCCUUUAAUUUAGGCAUAUUUUUUUUAAAUGUGUUAUUGCGCUCCAAAUGGAUUACUUGAAAUAACGUGAUGUAGGUUAAUUAAAUAAUCAAAAUCAAAAUCUGAUACUUUAUAAGCCUACUGUAUGUGGUUGUGGGUUCGAUUCCCACGGGGGGCCAGUAUGAAAAUGUAUGCACUCACUAACUGUAAGUCGCUCUGGAUAAGAGCGUCUGCUAAAUGACAAAAAAUGUAAAAUGUUAUAAGUAUCUAGGCAUAUCAUGUGAAAUAGGGCUCAUGUGAAAUCAUUUUCAAAAGUAUGUCGGUCUAGAUUAUUUAUGGGUUGAUCAUAUAGAAAUAUCAAAACAUUCUUUCAGCAAAGCAAUUGCAUGUAGCGCAGGAACCACUGACUACAUUUUCUAUUAUCAAGACACCUGCUGGUAACUCAACUCAUGAGGUGUCCUAAAUAUCUGUCGACUAGGUGGGACUCUUAUGACUAAAGAGGCUUCAUGCAUAGCUUUUAUUUUUAUCCAUAAGGGUAGGAGUAAAAUGUCUCUAUUCUCAGCACUUACAACCAAUUCUCUAGUCUGAGACACUUUGUGGAUAAGGCCCCUGGUGUUAAGAGCCUUCAGUCUAAUGUUCACACAGUGAGGAUUUUCUUGAAACUCACAGUGGGCUACACAGAGUUUUGCGUGUUUCAUCAAACUCAUUUUUCAUGUUCUAUUCAUUAAAGUAUCACCCCCAUUUUCAAAGAGCAGCUUGCAUCGAACAUCUAUUAGCAAAGGAGAGCUCCUCCUCUGUUUCACUCUUUGUUCUGAGUUUACAGCAGAUAUAUUUCUCUUCCUCACUGUCUGUGAAAUGGAGAUUGUGAAGAAAGUGUAGCAAAAUGGCUACUGCCUGUGCAGAUAUUUUCUCCUGAAAACAAGAAGUAUCUAGAGUACCUGUGUGGGGAGUUACUUGUACUUUUUAGUCUUUGUUCUAAGAAGGUAGAGUAUUGCAGGAUUCCUCUCCAUCCAAUUAACCCCCUGAUGUCUCUGGUUUCCCUAUGGUUAAAGACAGUGAUUAACCUCUACGGGAUCGGUGUCCCGUAUACGGAACGGUUGAGCUAACGUGCACUAAUGUGAUUAGCAUGACUGUUGUAAGUAGCUGCACUGUCCAAUUUACAGUAGCUAUGACAGUGAAAAAAUACCAUGCUAUUGUUUGAGGAGAGUGCACAACAACAAAAAACUUAUCACGGCAACUGUUUUGAUACAUUCACCUCUGAAGGUAAAUAAUGUACUUACAUUCAGUAAUCUUGCUCUGAUUUGUCAUCCUAAAGGUCCCAGAGAUAAAAUGUAGCAUAGUUUUGUUUGAUAAAAUCAAAUUUUAUAUUCAAAUGUAGGAAAUGGGUUCUACAGUUUGAACCCCUGCUGUCUCUGGCUCCACACCCACCCUGCCCGGCCAUCUAGAUGUGUGAAAGUUAGUGUAUAAGCUAAUGAUCCAUCUUGUAUGACAUUCCUGGGAGUGUGUAAACUUACAUUUUGUAUUACCAUAUAAUUUUUGUAUGUUCUCUUAGUUGAAAAUGUAUCAAUUGACCAAUUCGGCACAUUUGGGCAGACAUGAUACAAAAUAGUCCAGUAUUGCAAUGCUUCACUGGAUCAAUCUGAAACUUUGCACACACACUGCUGCCAUCUAGUGGCCAGAAUCUAAAUUGCGCCUAAACUGCAAUAUUAUAUUGUGGCCUUUAUCUUGCAUUUCAGAUGAUAAAAAAAACACACAGAUGUUAUUUUGUUUGUAUUAUCUUUUACCAGAUCUAAUGUGUUAUAUUCUCCUAAAUUAAUUUCACAUUUCCACAAACUUCAAAGUGUUUCCUUUCAAAUGGUAUCAAGAUUAUGCAUAUCCUUGCUUCAGGUCCUGAGCUACAAGCAUUUUGAUUUGGGUAUGUCAUUUUAGGCAAAAAUUGAAAAAAAGGGUCCGAUCCUUAAGAGGUUAAACACUUGAACUCUGCAGGUGUUGGGGAAACAAGUGUACCCUUUGACUUGUGUCAGGGCACUACUGUUUCCUUAUCUCCUGACAUGUAAACCAACACUUUAAAUAUAAAUACUAAAUCCAAAUGAAAGCGUCUGGACCAGUACUGAGAUGUAUGAACAACAAGUAGGAACAACAUCAACAAGUAGACAUUUUGAGAAUGUUUUUAAUUUAAUUAAUUAACCUUAUUCCCUAACACCCUAGCUUUGAAACCAUGUUAAAAGAUGAACAUAUCAAAUGCCAUUAAAUACAUAGACUUGUUCUUAUCCAACCGUACUCAUAAAAAAUACAUUAAAAUAUGCAGGAAUCCUUAAACACUGGUGCAUACUGGUGGUAAAGCGGUACCAAUAUGAAUAAUGCAUAGAAAUGAAGCAGUUAUAUUUUAAAUAUUGAUUUAUGCACUUUAAAUAUUGUAUAAUGUCUUAAAACGUAUUUAAGGUUUGAUAUACAGUGCCUUGCAAAAGUAUUCAGAUCCCUUGGAUUUCUUCAUAUUGUAUGGUUACAAAGUGGGAUUAAAAUGUAAAAAAUGUAUUUUUUUGGUCAACAAUCUACACAAAAUACUCUGUAAUGUCAAAGUAAAAAUGUGUUUAUAUUAAUAAUCAUAGAAUUUGUAUAACUAAAACAUAGUUGUUGCAUAAAUAUUCAGCUCUCUGAGUCAAUACAUAUUAGAAACACCUUUGGAAUCAAUUACCGCUGUGAGUCUUCUUGAGUAAAUUUAUAAGAGAUUUGCACAUCUGGAUUGUGCAAUAUUUUCCCAUUAUUCCUUACAAAAUUCUUCAAGUUCUGUCAAGAUGUUGGGGAUCAUCGCUAGACAGCAAUUUUCAAGUACUGUAACUGUAACUGUAAAACUGUAACUUGGCCACUCAGGAAAAUUCACUGUAUUCUUGGUAAGCAACUCCAGUGUAGAUUUGGCCUUGUGUCGUAGGUUAUUGUCCUGCUCAUAUUAUUUAUUUUAGACAAUCUAUAUAUAAUGAAUAAUACGCUUUAAAAGAGCCCAAACACAACACAGUAUGCGGAAUUAGAAGGUGUUUCAGGGCUUGUUGCACCAACGUCACUGGUUGGUUUGGAUGUUCAUUUUCAUCAUAGUUACUUACCAAACAUGUUCCCACAGAACUUUCUCUGAACUAGAAUAUUACAAAUCUUUCCAUAGCAGUCUGAUCUGGGGGCUAGCCUGGCCCGUGGGUGCUGCUGCAUUAGGAGCUGUGACAUUUACCCAUUAGGUCCAGGCCCGGCCCACCCCGCACUGCACCCCCGGUCCUACCCCUCACUGCACCCCCGGUCCUCUCCCGCUCUGUGCCCCUGGCCCACCUCAGCGCUGCUCCUCUUCUGGCUCAGAGUAGGCUAUUGAUCCAUGAAGUUAAAUCCCUUGGUCCACUCUGACCAUCCCACCUCACCGGGUGAGCCAGCAGAAUGCCACAACAAGACCUAACAGUUAGGUCUUAGCUCACUGCCUUCUGCUUACCAAGCAUUCCUCUCCUAAAAUGUUUAUGUGAUGUGUCAGGUCCAUGUUGUGUACUCAACAUGUGUUGAUGUUGCCACCACUUUUCAGGGAAGGAAUGUGCUCUUCAUUGCCUCCUAUUAGGUUUAUCUACACUGAGAGUGCAAAGCAUUAGGAACUUUCCAUGACAUAGACUGACCAGGUGAAAGCUAUGAUCCCUUAUUGAUGUCACUUGUUAAAUCCACUUCAAUCAGUGUAGAUGAAGGGGAGGAGACAGGUUAAAGAAGGAUAAAAAAAAAAAAGCAAAGCACUUAACCCUAAUUGCGCCAGGGCCGCCGUCAAUAAUGGCUGAUCCCUGGCUCUGACCCCACUCUCGAGGAGUGGGAUAUGCAAAAAACAUAUUUCCAAGGACAAAUGUAAGCACCCACCUAAUUAGCUUAUCAUUAAGAGGCGGUAGUUUGGUACAGUAGUUUUCCUUGUAAAAGCAGACUGGCGUACCACAACCACAAUAGAUGCUCCCCAGAGACAUGGUGGUGGGCACAGUGAAAUCAGCUUUACCAGAACUGCUCUGGCGGUUUAGAGCAUGCUGUGUUCUACAAGUGGUGUCUUGUGUCUGUGAUACUAAACAGUGUGUCCCUAGGGGCUGGAAAAACAAAUAGAGCCACACUAGUAAGUGAGGACACACGGGAGGGCUGCAGUACAGUGGAUUUUCACAGCUUGGAAAGUCUAAUAAACUUCAGAGCUGAUAAACACUGUGCUCACAGCUUCCCCUGCAGGUCUCAGCAGGGAAUGGCCUCGCCUGUGUGUUUGUGUGUGUCACCUUGUAAAAAGCUGAACUAUAAAUAGCUCUAUGUGAACAGCGAUAAGGUAAUGGACAUGUGAGCAGUAGCGUAGAAUUCGACCAUGUGUGUGCAGUGUGAGCAAAAAUAUUCACUAUAAAAAGCUUCUGUAUGUAAAAGAUGUUCUCUUUUAUACAUUCCAGCUUCUAUUGAAAAAUAAGGACUUAUUACUUACAAUUAAGUUUAACCAAAUUCACUGUUUCUCUCUCAGGCUGAUACAGCGAGACUUUUAUUACAAGCAGGCUUGACUACUGUAAUGGUCUCCUGUCUGGUCUACCCAAGAAAGCCGUUGGUCAACUGCAAAACAUACAGAAUGCUGCAGCACGGGUACUGACCAAGACCAGACGGAGAGCCUUUGAAUUUUAUAAUUAAUUUUGAGAUUCCUGUAUUGGUUUUUAAAUCAAUCCAAGAUUGUGCACCCCAAUACAUAUCAGACAUGCUUUUUAGUUAUGUAACUAUCCCAAAGCCUAGGACCAUGAGGCAUGGAGAGGCAGCCUUCAGUUAUUAUGCCCCCUAGCCUGCCAGAGAACCUGAGGGUGACCGAAACUGUGGGCAUAUUUAAAAGGGAUCUUAAAACACAAAUGUUUUGCUUUGCUUUUCCUUACGGUGCUUUUUAGUCGUUCAGUUUUGAUUGUUAUUGCUUUAAAUUUAUCCUAUGAUGUUUGUUGUGUAGUAAAUAUUUCUGUUUUCAUUUUUAUAGUUUUUCUUUAUUUAGUUUUUUCCUGUGAAGCACAUUGCGUUACAUCCAUGUGUGAAAUGUGCUAUAUAAAUAAAGCUUGAUUUGAUUGAAUUAUUCUGGCAUAAAUUCAGCAUGUGAAUGCUCAUGUACUGUGAUUAUCAUAUUGUCAGGAGAAAUAGAGAGAAAGAGAGCCAGACUAUGACUCUUUCCACUGCCGUUCCCUCCCCUCUGUGCAAUAUCUGUUCUGGGGCUGUCUGGUUUGUGGAGCUCCCUCCCAGCUGAACAGCCGUCCAGCUGGAGAAGACAGGGGUAAGUCAGAGGCCAGGCAGAGACUAAUGAUCUGGGCCACAAGAGUCAAGAGGGGGCCACAGACCACUAGCAAAAAGCUGGUUUUCCAUGACAGCUGGGUAAGGAGGGCCUGUUGGGUACAGUGUGGGGAGUUAUCAUAUCAAUACCUUUACAACACCACAACCUCUCAGCAUCAGACUAAUUACCAAUAAAAGAAGACAACCUGUAUGGUAUGUCAUUGUAUGACGAAAGGUUAACUGCUGACUAAACCCACAUACAGUAGUUCCUCAUUACGAUUGUAUAGGGGGAGAGGGGCAGGCCAGACACAGAACUAGUGUCAGCAUCAUGAUGAGUGGGCGGUCAGACAGUACUGUGUGUAAAUGCCUGUUGCUUAGCAGCAUUUCACAGCCUUAGUGUGGUGCUGGGCACUGAGCAUCAUUAGACCUGUAGAACUUCCACAACUUCCACAGUGACACACACCGAGCCGGGAGAGCUCUGACAAGUUGGUAAUAUUCCACAGAGCAGAGCUCUACUCAUUUCCCUUGUCUCUUGCUCCAUGUCUGUUCAACCAAUCAGCCGAGCAGCAGAGCAGAGACACUAGGGAGUCAGAGGAGGGCACUACGUCAUCUACAGUACUAACUCAGUGGAGGGUGGAAGGGAUGAGGAAGUACACACUAAUUCACAGUGUUCAAGUCUGGGCUGGCACCUUUCUAGGAAAGAGGUGUUUUACCACCCUGGCUUGUGAGAUCACUGUGUUAACUGACAGCACCAGUGUGUGUGUGUGAGAGUGUGUGUGAGAGUGAGUGAGUUAGUGAGUGAGUGAAUGAGUGAGAAUGUGAUAGUCAGAGGCAGAGAGAGAGUAUGCUCACUGAACUCUGUUCUGAAAUCCAAAACCUAAUUAGCCUCAGAAUAAUAAAAAUAUCUUUAAUGUUAUUCUGGCUCGAGAUUGUCUACUAAUAAUGUAUACGCCUCCGUGACUAUAGCACAAAUUACUGUCCUUUACAUGAUUGACAUCCACGUCAAUACUCAACCACACUGGUUAAAUAGCAUUAAUACUUAACAACACUGGUUGAUUGAUGAGCAUCAAUACCGAAACCAAUUCUGUUAUUGCUGAACAUUCUAAUUGUCUGUGUAGCUGUUUCUAUAAAUAGCUUCAGUAUUGGUUUAGUUGAUAGCUUCUUAUAAUUUAGAGGCAUUUUCACAGUUCUGUCCACUCACUCACCUUGAAAAGGGUUAUAGCCAAUUUAUGCUUAAUCCAAAAAUGUGGUCGGAGGCGGCGUAUGGAUUGUGUGACGCAAUUGCGGAGCCUCUGGAGGCCUGCAGAGGCCAAAUUGAGCUCCACAUCACAUCGCUGUUCACCUCUCAAAUGUUAUAACAAUGCGGAGGGCUCCGUAUAGCUCCGCAUUUACAUGAUUGUUUGACGGUAGGUGAGGGCGGGAGGUCCUGUAUAAACAUAAACGUACUUCCUUGACAACUUCCUUUACAACAGCUCUACACUGCUCUGCGUAGCUCAAGAAGUCUGAAUGCCCUGACUUCUGCAGAGGCCGUAUCACCGUAAAUGCUACACGGCCAAUGCAGACGUUGGAUUGACCGUGCAGUGCCUUUUAGAGGCAGUUGAUGGAGAUCUGAAAUGAUUAGAGGUGUAAGCAAUAUGGCUGUAGCUUCACCUUGGUCUUUGAUCGGUAAACAUUGAAACAAGAACUACUGUUUGCCCAAGGGAAUUACUGGUCUCCUUGCAUACAUCUUUCAAUGUCAACCUUGGCUUGAAGGUGUUGGGGUACAUAACAUGAAAUGACAACAAUGAUUAAAGCCUACAGACCAAAGCUACAGUGUGUGAUGAACAUAAAACAAAUAUAUACUGUACAUUAUCAGUGAGAUGGCAGUGUGUGUGUGUGUGUGUGUGUGUGUGUGUGUGUGUGUGUGUGUGUGUGUGUGUGUGUGUCUGCCUCACAGGAGAAUGUGGGGCAGAAAGGUAGAGUGGGUGAGUGGGUGCAGACAACAGAGUGGGUGCAGACAACAAGGUUAUCCGAUAACAUAAAUGACACAGAUAUGAUCACAUUUGAUGUUUGAACAGCAGGUAGUAUAUAUCUUAAUAGCCUGGUGUGUGUGUCUGUGUGCGCACGCAAAUGUGUGUGUACAUCCAUGCAUAUUGGUGUCUGUGUAUGAGACUGUGUGUUGGAAGCUUCAGCAUUAGCAAAAUGAUCAAAGCAGACUUGUGUCCGUGGGAAGUUUUCUGUAAGAUGAGAUGACAGAUACUGUUUCUUGUACUUUCAUCAUAGAGAAACUAGAUUUAUCUAUGAAAGAAAUACUUUCAAGCGUAGGCUUCAUCGUUCAUAAAGCAUAAGACUACAAUAGACUAAAAAUACUCAACUUUCCAUAUCAAGCAACAGUGAUUGCAAUGAAGGGCUAUUGAUACUUUUUUGCCAUAGAGAUAUUUGAUGUCAUUCAGUUAAUGUCCAUUGGCUUUCCUCUCUACCUCUCUCUCAGGUUCUCCAGAACUACAAACAAACAUUAAUGAAUGUGUAGCUAUAGUAAAUACAUAGAUUUAAGGAUACUUCACUCUGGGCCAUUAUGACAACAUAGAGUUGGCCAGGGUCAUGGAGGGAGUGUUUGAGGGUCUUCUCUGCACGUGCUGUUCUGGACCGCAGACAGUUAGCUCACAGUUAGUUAGCUCACAGUUAGUUAGCUCACAGUUAGUUAGCUCACAGUUAGUUAGCUCACAGUUAGUUAGCUCACAGUUAGUUUGCUAACAGUUAGUUAGCUCACAGUUAGUUUGCUAACAGUUAGUUAGCUCACAGUUAGUUAGCUCACAGUUAGUUAGCUCACAAUUAGUUAGCUCACAGUUAGUUAGCUCACAGUUAGUUAGCUCACAGUUAGUUAGCUCACAGUUAGUUAGCUCUUGUCAGUGUGGCAUCUGGUGACAGGUCAUCAGAGGGAGGUGCACAAGGUGUUCUGCAGUUUAACUGCUGUUCCACCUCCUAUCCUGCAGUGUAACUUCCCUGUGCUGACCUUCAUUAUAAUUCCAUGGCUCACAGGUAAUUAAUAUCUCCGGGCCACUGGAAUAAUGUGAGGUGGAUUAACCUCCCAGAACAGAUGAGCUAAAAGAGAUUUGUUUGAACAACUACUCAAGUAACUAACCCUUCUCCCCACACCAACGAGGGGCCUCGAUAAUAUCUGCAAAACGACUUACAGUCAUGCAUGCUAUAUUACCAUACAUUUGAUAUGGUUAGGAAUGACAGAGAGAGCAGGUUCACCAAGACCUCAGUAUGAGAGGGGUUGAGAGUAUAGGACUGUGUUGCAAUACUGGGUAUUUUAUUCUCAUUAACUUGCCUUUGAGGAAAGUUGAGAAGAUACAGGAUUAGUUUCAAAUUGGAUAAUACUGCAUAUAUUAAAGAAGUAUCAAAAGCUUAUAGUUGACCAACACAGUGUGUAUUGAUUUGUAUAGAAGCCUUGUAAGUGUCACAUUCAGUUGCUAAUUGUAAAGGCUCAGGGGAUUAUUCAGCAAUUUUAUUGUCAAGUGCAUCACUGUUACACAUCUAUAAACUCACACAAACACCCACGUACGCAGGCACCCACACACACACACACACACACACACACACAAACACACACACACAUGGACACACACACACAGGUCUCUGCUCAGCAGAAUAAAUGUGUCUGUUCCCUUGACAACAACAGCUAAUAUAGUCAUAACAGGACAAACAAAUUAUAGAGUCCAGAAAGUAUUCAAUCUAGCACUAAUAUAGAACACAAAGUAUCCAAUCAAAGAGUCCAAUACUGCAACACAAAACCAAGUAUUCAACAUCAAACAGGCACUUUAGCAGGCCACAAUUUAACUUGCACAAUUGGUGGCUGACUAAAUACUUUUUUCCCCCACUGUAUAUAUAUGCAUGUAUGUAUGUAUGUAUGUAUGUAUGUAUGUAUGUAUGUAUGUAUGUAUGUAUGUAUGUAUGUAUGUAUGUAUGUGUAUGUAUGUAUAUAUAUGUAUGUAUGUAUGUAUGUAUGUAUGUAUGUAUGUGUAUGUAUGUAUAUAUAUAUAUAUAUAUAUAUAUAUGCGAGAGAAAAACACAUAUGGGGGAUUGGAAUUGAUGCAGACAAUUACAUUGAUGGAAGUUACAAUCGAUCUGAAAUAUUAAAGCUGAUCUACCCCCUAAAAAAAAAAAACACAUGCAGGGACAGAGGAAAGGAGAAUAAAGUGGUUUUAUUUAUUCAACUAGUCAGUAGUAGGACUUGAUGUAUUACUGUGAGAGCUCAGAGUCUAAAACUGAGAGAAAUGCAGAAAAACGACUUGUCCAACCUCUCCCCAAUCAUGAUUGAAUCUGUUCAAGGACAUUGGUAACAGAAGUUCUGGGGUCAGUGGGUUCCUUAACGUCUUAGUUAAAGAUUCACACUGUAUGUUAGAGAAGUGCAUGCUGUCAGCUUACCAAUGUGUCUAGGCCCUUAUCCCUUCUCUCUCUGUGAGACUGAGUACACGUGAGGACGUGAGCUUUGAUGCCAGAUGCUCUGUGUGGAUUUGAGUGAGAGAGACAGAGGUACUCAGUGGCUGCGCUCCUUGUUUCCGAAGGGGCAAAGAACACACCGACCCACCAACCUACACACACACACACACACACACACACACACACACACACACACACACACACACACACACACACACACACACACACACACACACACACACACACACACACACACACACACAGUGUCUGAAGCGGCAAAGAUGAUUGAACCAAUAUCUAAAAGCCAAUUUAUGCUUGAUCCGAAAUGUGGUCGGAGGCCCCGUAUGGAUGGUGUGACGCAAUUGCGGAGCCUCCGGAGGCACACAGAGGCCAAAUCCAGCUCCGUACCGCAUCGCUGUGCGCCUCCCAAAUGUUGUAACAAUGUGGAGAGCUCCGUAUAGCUCCGUAUACCUCACUCCCUUGACAACUUCCAUCACAACAGCUCUGCACUGCUCCACGAAGCGCAAUAAUUAUGAAUGCCCUGACUUCUGCAGAGGCUGUAUCACCGUAAAUGCUGCACAGACAAUGCAGAUGUCGGAUUGAGCAUACAACGCCUUUUAUACAUUCCUGUCAUCCAGCUGAGAGACAAGGACAGCUUUGAUGAUUCGGUUUCGUAACAGUAUCAGAUGCACACGCGUACACUUUUUGACUGUCUUGAAUCUCUAUCUCUAUGAAUCUCUCGGGCGGCAGGUAGCUUAGUGGUUAAGAGCGUUGUGCCAGUAACCAAAAUGUCGCUGGUUCUAAUCCCCGAGCCGACUAGGUGAAAAAUCUGUCGAUGUGUCCUUGAGCAAGGCACUUAAACCUAAUUGCUCCUGUAAGUCGCUCUGGAUAAGAGCGUCUGCUAAAUGACUAAAAUGUAAAAAUGUCUAUGUGCAACACUGUCUACUUGUUAAAGGUGCUGUAUGGUCAGUCCGACUUCUGCAUUGGCUGUACAUCAUUUACGGUGAUACGGCCUCUGCAGAAAUCAGGGUAUUCAUAAUUAUUGUGCUUUGCAGAGCAGUUGAGCAGAGCUGUUGUGAAGGAAGUCGUCAAGGAAAUGAGUUUGUGUUUAUACAGGACCUCCUGCACUCACCUACCAUCAACCAAUCUUUUCAAUGUGGAGGAAUACGGAUAUUCUGUAUAUAUACGGAGCCCUCCACAUUGUUUCAAAAUUUGGGACGUGCACGGCGAUGCAGUGCGGAGCUUGAUUUGGCCUCCACCUCCAUACGGAGCUUCUAGACAGCAUUGGCGGAUCAAGCAUAAAUCAGCUAUUACACAAUAGGCGACAGACGGUGUUGAGCCAGUUUCAGCACACUCAUGAACUAGUGCCAGAAAUCAAAUAUGAUUUAUCCAUUCAUUGUCAUUUCUGUCUGCCAAUGUAAUUAAUUACCACCUGAUUACUCCCCAGGAAUAAUUUGAGCCAUUAAAAUCAAUAUUAAUUAGGCUGUUUAAUGUGCAACAGGGAUUGAAGACAGGUUGCUGCUGCUAGAAGCUGUACACGAUGUAAUAGCUGUAAGAACCCAUCCAGAAAUGUUUCACUUUUCAAAAAUCACUAUGAAUAGGCUAUGAAUAAAGUUAUCCAGCUAGCUACUGUCUUUGACUUUGCAAUGAAAUGUUAUGAAGCAAUUUUGUUAAGAACAUCCUCACAAACAUCUAGUGUCAAUGUGGUAAUGCCAAACAACUUAUGUUUGAUUUGGCUCUUAGUUUGGUCUCAGGAAAUCCAUUUACAGUUUAAUCACUUAGAGGGUGUUAUCUCGCCCAACUUGAUUAUAAAACAGAACACAGAGAUGAUGAAGAUGAUGAUAAUGUUAAUAUCAUCACUCCAUCUAAAGGUGAUGAAUAAGCACUGGCAAGGGAGCAGCGUAGCAAGGUGAUUUAACUAGUAACAUCUUAUAUUACAUCUAGCUACUGUAACAGAGGUGGAUCUCACUGAGGUUUGAAGCUAGAGUUUUCGAAGUAAUUGCUGCUCGAACUGAGUAAUAUGGUCGUUUUGAGAAAACAAUAUCAGUGUUGUCAUUGGGGCCCUAACUGUAUUUUUAAUGAAUAGUGUAUCAAAAUUCUACUAUCAGCAUAAAGACAUCAUAAACAAAACACCCCCAUACACUGUAACUGAUCUAAAUCAUAGUUGGCAGGUGUUCAACUUCUCCGUCCGCUCACACACAGACAACACUUUCAGACAUCUCUCUGUCUGUGUUGAGAGAUAGAUAGAGCUGUGGAGGGUCAUUGAUUUGGUGCAAAACGGAGCAAGACGAAUUCCUACUGACAAUGUGAGAUUUUGAUUUGCACCUUUCUGUUAUCAGAUUCAAGUCAGCUAUCCAACUCUUUGGUGGCUGCUUGGAGAAACAUUGUCAAGCUGUACACAACAAUGAAAUACAUACAUGCAGUGGGAGAGAGAGGGGAGAGCGAGAUCAAGAGAGAGAGAGAAAGAGAGAGCGAAAUAGAGAGAGAAAGAGAGAGAAAGAGAGGAAGAGAUCGAGAGAGAGAAAAAGAGAGAGAAAAAGAGAGAGAUAAAGAGCAAAGGGGUGUGAAUACCUAUGUAAAUGGUAUAUUUCAGUAUUUCAUUUUCAAUCAAUUAGAAAAAAAAUCUAAAAACACAUUUUCACUUUGUCAUGAUGGGGUAUUGUGUGUAGAUGGGAGAGAGAAAUAAUGAAUCCAUUUGAAUUCAAUAAGUCAAGGUGUAUGAAUACUUUCUGAAGGCACUGUACAUAUCACACAAGGCUAUUUUUUGCAGAAUGGCUUUUUAGUGAAGGAGUAGGCUUAAUCUUGGUCCUCAAAACCGGACUUUAGUUUUCCUGGUGAGAUAUAUUAGGUACCGUAGAUUUUCAAACCAGUUUAUCCUUCCAUUUGUUUGCUAAAUAAGUCAAAAUAUAAUGCAACAUUGUGAACUGUGUACCCUAAUGUGCUACCUACUCAAUCUAGUCCAGAGAAGCUGCAGGAGUUUAUCAAAUGCAGUCAAAUCAACUAUUGACCCAUGGUCCAUCUUUGAUUUUCAUGAAUUCCAUGGGUAAAGCAUAUAGGGUUACGGGAACACACUUUAUAUGCACAUAAAAUCCCAUUAUCUGCUUGCUGUAAAUCAAGAUAGAUCAAAGUCCUGAGUCUAUAAAAAUAAUCAUUCCUCAUGUGCUUGAGUGGGUGGACGCCCAUCAGGGAAUGUAUGAAAUCAAUAGUAAAGAAACACAAAGGCCAAUGGACUAGUUCAGGUUACAAUGGGUCUGUGAAAAAUAGUAGGAGAGUAAUGCAUCUUUGUCAAAACAUUUGUUUCUGUAUAAGAAUGGUGGGUGUUAUUUGGCUACAGUUAGGUUGUUGUGAGUUAAGCCUACAUACGGAUACAGCAGAAAUGUAUUAAAGAAAUGUAACGUAUUCUCAGCAUGGCCUUUCAUACUCAAAACCAUUAAUAUACUGUACUGUACUGUACUGUACUGUAUAACAAAGCAUGUAUAGCCUACCCUACAUCUGUGUUAGAUCUAAUCUAGUUAUGACCACAGGUUGCAUUUAGAAUAGCGCCGUUGGGUUUAUGUGUGUGUGUGCGAGUCAGCAAAUACAGGCCUAAAGAUAAAGUCUACUUAUCCUAAAAGCCAUAUUGGCUCCGGUACGACUCCUUCCUCAUCCAAUAACUCCUAUGUUUCCCACACUCCCCUGCAGCUCACAGGACCGGAAAGGAAAGUUCCCACUAAUUGGACAACCUUAUAAUCUCUGGGCCGUAGUAAGAUGAAUGACUGGACCCAUUUCUGUGCUGCCCUCUUAUUCAAUACCGGCCCUGUCUGUGGGGGUCAGCUGUUAUUCAAUAGCCAUCUUGGCAGAGGGACAGCAGGACGCUUAGGGGAUUUUUUACUGGAUCAUAUUUGAAAACAAAGCCAAACUGGGGAGUUCAGUUUAUAGUAAGUGGCUUGGCGGGGCUGAGUUCUAUUUUCAAUUCAAUCAAUUGAGGAAAUUAAUGGGCUAUUUUACCUGCUGAAUGUACUGAAUUUAAAAGUGAAUUGACCCCAUCCCUGGCAGUUAUCUAGCCAUCGCUGUAAUAUACUGGUCCCGGUUUCUGGUUUGUUGUCUCUCUUUCAGGAUAUGACCAUGCUACUGUACCAUAGAUGUUAUGUCUUGAUCAAUGUCUCCAUCUUCUCUCCCUUGCAGGUUAUGACCAUGCCGCUGUACCAUUACAUCCUGGUGACUGUGGUCUGUUGUCUCCCUGCAGGUUAUGACCAUGCCGCUGUACCAUUACAUCCUGGUGACUGUGGUCUGUUGUCUCCCUGCAGGUUAUGACCAUGCCGCUGUACCAUUACAUCCUGGUGACUGUGGUCUGUUGUCUCCCUGCAGGUUAUGGCCAUGCAGCUCCCGGCACAGACGCGGGGAAGGCUUUCUGCAUGUUCUAUGCCGUCCUGGGGAUACCCCUGACCCUGGUCAUGUUCCAGAGCCUGGGCGAGAGGAUGAACACCUUUGUCAAGUCCCUCCUGAAGCGCAUCAAGAAGUGCUGUGGCAUGCACAUCACCGAUGUUUCCAUGGAGAACAUGGUGACGGUGGGGUUCUUCUCCUGCAUCGGGACGCUGUGCAUCGGGGCGGCUGCCUUCUCCCACUACGAGGACUGGAGCUUCUUCCAGAGCUACUACUACUGCUUCAUCACACUGACUACCAUCGGCUUCGGGGACUUUGUGGCCCUGCAGAAGAACCGGGCCCUUCAGCGGAGGCCCCUGUACGUGGCCUUCAGCUUCAUGUAUAUCCUGGUGGGCCUGACUGUCAUAGGAGCCUUCCUCAACCUGGUGGUGCUGAGGUUCCUGACCAUGAACAGUGAGGACGAGAGGCGGGACGCCGAGGAGAGGGCCUCGCUGGCGGGGAACAGAAACAGCAUGAUCAUCCACAUCCAGGAGGAGACGCUGGGGAGAGGAGGAGGUGCCAGGAGGAGGCGCAGGGAAACGCAGGGCCAGUACUGCGCCGAGGUCACUGACCUGCCAUCUGUCUGCUCCUGCAUGAACUACCACUCACACGAGUUCGGCAGCUGUGGGGGAGGGAUGGGGGGAGGGAUGGGGGGAGGAGGAGGAGGGAUGGGCUGUGCCUUCUCCCACCAGAACUCCUUUAGUUCCCAGUUGAACCCACACCAGUACUUUCACUCGGUGUCGUACCGCAUCGAGGAGAUCUCUCCCAGCACCCUAAAGAACAGCUUCUUCCCCUCGCCCAUCAGCUCAGUCUCCCCAGGCCUCCACAGCUUCACAGACAAUCACCGACUCAUGAAGAGAAGGAAAUCUAUCUGA